AAGGAGUCCGCCUGAUGACAACCAAACAGACAUGUGGAAAAGGAACCCGGAAGCUAGGACAUAUUGUUACCAUGGAAAUGGACCCAUGUUUACCAUCCAGACCAGCAUGUACCUUUUUUAUGUUGACAUUGAGAGGCUGGCGGACUGCAGUGAGUACUUCAGGGCUCUCUACAACUCCUGCAUGAGAGAAAGUGCAGAGCAUCUAGUAGACCUGUCCCACGUGCCCUCCAUAGUGUUUCACAACCUCCUACAAUUCUGCUUCCUACAAAGAUUCUGCAUUCCCCACAAUCUUCUAGAGGAGCAUUUACGCAUCAGCACGUAUCUGUUGGUCCCUAGUUUUACUCAUCGCCUGCUGUUGUCUCUGUCCGAAAUCCUCUCUGAGCAAUCAUUUCUGGAUUACCUACAGCUGGCUGAGGAAUUGGGAAGUGUUGAGCUUCGUGAAACCGUGCUGAUGUACCUGAGCACAAACCUUUUAGAGCUUCCUCACUUGAGCAGGGACUUGGACCUCCAUCUACAGCAGGAGAUACUUCAGAUCAGGUCGAAAGGCUCACCUCAGCUGUGCUGCCUCAGGAAAGAGAAUCUGAUUUCACGAAACAAUCAGGAAACAGAGUCUGCAAGGAAGCUUUUCAGGCUGGAUGCGGAUGAGGGGAAAUGGAGUGCUGUGUCAGAUUUGCCAUUUAGUGCAGAUAAGUGGUGCUUCACCACAGCAGUACUGUUUAACUACCUCUACCUCAUUGGUGGGUUCCGGCACCACAAAAAGAGGGGAUAUGAGUUCAAGAUGGCCUCCUUCCGAUAUAAUCCUUUAACAGAUAAAUGGGUACCGACAGCCCCUUUAAUCAAGCACAGGCGCCACUUCAGUGCAGCGGUGUGUGAGGGCCAUAUCUACGCUGUAGGGGGCUGGUAUCUGGACUCCCUGGUGGCUCCUGACUCCAGCACAGGAGUGUAUACAGCAGUGGAGCGAUAUGACCCUUGGACAGAUUCAUGGGCUUUUGUCUCUUCGCUCCCUCUCUCUGACUUUCAGUUCACUCUUUCUCUCUCCCAUGAUUCCCCUCUCACCACCAGCCUAGGAACAAGCCUCUAUGUGCUGGGGAACAUCCAGAGAACUGGAGAGAAACUAAUAUUAUGUUAUGAUACAACUCAAGACUGCUGGAGUGAGUUGCUCCCUACCCUCACACGCACCGAUGCAGAUAUGCCCAUCCACUUCCUGGGAUCCACCAACAGGCUGAUUGUAAUAGGUGGAAACAAUGUUGAAACUGUGGUCACAUCAUUUUGUGUGGAGAACCGGAAAUGGGGUCUCAUCAGAAGCAUGGAGAAAACGGCUUUAAUUGGGCAGGGCACAGUGUUCAAUGAAGAUGUCUACAUGUCAGGACAUCAGGAGGACACAAUCUAUCGGCUAAACAUACACACUCUGUCCCUGUCCACCCUUCCCUCGCUUCCUGUCUGUACUUGCUAUGAGAGCUUUUUCCAUCUCUUUUUCUGAAUCAUUAAACGAGAAGCAUUCGAGUCAAACCACUUUUAAUUUUAUAGCUAUACAAAUGGAUGCUAGCGCAGUGGUACUACAUGCAGUAGUAUGUGGCUAAUGUGUCCUAUUACUGAUAGUCGGCGCACAUGUCGCGGGUAAGUCCAGAGAUGUUAAUCAAGAUUGCAGACAAGUUUGCAUGGAACAGUGUGUGGUGAUUAAGUUUAUUGAAUUAAGGCGUAAAACCCGCCGAUAGCUACAAAAGACUUCAAGCAGUGUAUGGUGAUGAGAGGCUCAGCCCCAGUAAGACAUUUGAAUGGUGCAAACGUUUCAAAGAUGGCCAUACAUCUGUCAGUGACGAUUCCGGUUGUGGUGGUUCCCUGGUACGAAGUGAAGCAGGCUAUCCUAUGAUGGUUCAGGAGGACAGCUAGGAUGGUUCAUAAAUAAAGCAGAGGAGGAUGUCAAAAAAUAGAUGCAGUUUCCUCUCCUUGAAAUUUGUUAAUUAGUUCAAAAACUCAAAUGUCCUGGUUUGGCUUGACUGCCUCUAUACCCUUCCAGUGCCUGUGUAUUUGGUACUUUGGUUAAUACACUAUUUCCAAACGUUUACAGACACCUGUUCAUACGUGUGUUAUGUACUUUUUGAGCAUCGUUUUGAGCAUCAUUUAGUCCCAAUUUGCUCUUAUAAUUCUCUCCACUCUUCUGGGAAGACAGAUUUCAGA